ACUUGACAAUAGUCCAAAAAUCAGUGCCAUUGGCUUUAGCUUUGCCCUUGAACUUGAAAUCUCGUGCCUUAUUCUUUCCUGGGGACUGGUGUUGGAUAUUGAACGGGCGGAGUUACCGCCGGGAUGAUGGAUGAAGGAGAUGAUGGCCUAAACUUGGCUGCGCGCAUUCUCAUUUUCGCGUGGCCUGCCACUAGUGUUUCGCAGAUUCACAAAGGGUGUCACAGGCAUAGCUGGAGGAAGAAAGGUACUACACGAAUGCGAAACGCGACAAACUCUACAACGUCAUUAGCCUGGAGUUCACCAAGACUAAGGUGGAGCCUCAAGUGGAGUCACCCAGUCUGGUACGUCAUAUGGAUGGAGUGGACUUGGUGUGGCCGGAAACAUUGCGCGCUUUGCAGCAGGAGGCCACCAACCGACUGGUCGACAGGAAAUAUACCAAAGUGCAAAAGUACUGCCUGAUGAGCGUCGGUGGCUGCUACACAGAUUUCCGUAUCGACUUUGGUGGCACAUCCGUCUGGUAUCAUAUUCUCAAGGGUGGAAAGGUUCCGCAGAAGUUCCGCUUUCCCUUCUUCACGCAGCUCAUGUGGUACGCACUGGACAAGUACGCGCACUCUCUGCGUUACUACCUGGAACAGUUUCACGGGUACAAGCCUGAUGACAGUACCACCAUCACACCCACUGGCACCAUCGUCAUGGACACCAUCGUCAUGGACAAUGACGAUGAUAUUGCUUUCACAACAAUGACCACAACCUAACUGGGUUAUCAGUAGGAGCAGUGACACAGCCUUACUGCUCCAAGUAGGAUUUAGAAGAGAGUGAAGGGAGAGCAGACCGGGCCGGUCUAAGCAAGGAAGUAAUCGGCAUCAGAGGUAUAUCAUCUCGUGACGACCACAUUGAAGUCUGAAUUUGAAGUGCGAAGAUGCUUCAGCAACCACAUCGUACUUUUCCAUUGCUUUCAUUGUGCUUCUACUGUGCAUGUGUGUAACUUGUGGAGUAUAUAUGUGAUGACAUUGUAUGCUGGCGACACGGUCAGAUUGUCCAUGCGUGUAACGUACACCUGCAUGUUAUGCAUUGAAAAGGAUCUGCCACUUGCGAUCCUGGGACAAGUAUCAGGUCAGCUUUGUCUUGUGUGGGCUGUACCAGAUUGCUGUUCACUUUUCCAUCUGUUGGAUAUGUGACUUUCUGCAAGUCUCUGGUGUAUGGUGGCCACUUCUUUGCUUGUCACUCUGUAUGAUAUUACAUUCUGUAUUCGCUGUUUCCAUGGCGUGGUCUGCAAACUGCAAUCUUUGGGCAAAUGUCAUGUUUGCUAUGUUGUGCUUUGGCCGUCAGCUUGUCUACACGUUGUAGUUGAAUUAUUUUGUUCCACAACUGACUUCCUUUUAAAAGUACAGUGGCCACUGCUUUGCAUGGCAUUUUA